AUGGGUGAUAAAACAGAUUCUCUUGAUUAUAAAAAUAUUUCCCUGAUACCAACAGGACAGAUAAGCUCAGGCUGUAUAACUAGAAGCAACUUAAUGCAGCCUACAAAGCAGACCGCUACAUCUUUUAUGGAUAUUAUAGAGGAUGAUGAUGAACAAUUUAUCUUAAAUUUAAAGAAGAAUAUUGAUGAUAAUUAUAAAAUGCGAAACAAAGAAAAUUAUAAUUUCAAUUCAUCAAACAAAACGUACUUAUCGAGAAAAAAAAAAUCAGCAUUCAGUGAUGAGGAUCAAAAUCUCGUGAAGCGAUUUAAAAAAUCCAUAGAUGAAAGCAAAAUUCAUUGUAUAACUUCGCAAAAAUUAGAGAAAUCUGAAAAGAUCAAUCAUCUCAACGAUCGCAAUUCCUUGGUGCCUACAAGUACAGAGAAGCCUCUGUUUACUCCUAUUGCAUCACUUAAUAAUAUUGACACAAAUUUAAGAGCGAAUCAAUUUUUUUUUCACGUGACUUCAAAAAUGCAAAAUAAUCAAAUGACACCAGACAUUACCAAGAUCGAAACAGAAAUUGAACAACAAUUUAUUUAUUACGAAUUGCAGUAUUUAACACCGCCACACGAAAUUGAAUAA